AUGUCUGACACUCCGAGAUCCGAGAGGUCCCAGACGAGGUUCAGCACCCCGGUGUCUGACCUCGAUGACCACCGCCGCCAGCCCCAGUCCAUGCCGCGUGCUGACUCGCCGCCUCCUGUUCGAUCGCGCCGACCGACCUUUGCUAGCAUCAACAACCAAGUCGACCGUCCCACCCUGCUCUUCUCAGUCAACGACGCACUCGAAGCGGGCGGCAUCACCACGCGCGACUUUGAAGACAACGCUAUCGCUGAUGACGACGGCUCGUACCUGUCCCCUGAUGGCUACGGCCGUCGUGGCUCCGUCCAAGCUGCCCAAAGCCCGUCCGUACGCCGCGAAACCUUCAGGCGCCCUCGCGACCCAGCCAUCGAGCGUUUGGUCAGGUCCCGCGCAUCUUCUUCGACCUCACGCUCACCAUCGCCUCCCAACUCCGUGGAUGCGUUCGCUGGCCCCAACCGCCGCCGUGACCGCGCAGGCACCAUCACCAGCCGUCCACCGUCGAUUGUGGAGCUCAAUCUGCAGAGGACACACUCCAGGGCCACCGCGCGCCGCGCAACAAUCAGCGAUGAACGUCCUGACGAUCUGAAGAGCAUCGGGACUGCUUCCGCGCCCAGUUCUGCCGAGGAGGACGUGUGCUUCCCCGUAGAGGAAGAUUUCGGAAAGACCACACGCUUCGACUAUGAAGAGCUCGAAGAGUUCGUCGCAGAGUGUCAAGAGAAGACCCCGAUCGGCCAGAACCUGCGUCAUAAGCCCAGUGUUGUAUCUCAAAUGUCCAAGAAAAUCUUCGCAGACCUUCGACCAAAGUCCAGCCAGGCAGACCCCAAGGACGUCAUCAAGACGGCUACCCUGAAGCAUGUCGAACCAGCUGAUCAGGAGAAGCUUGCAGACGAGGGCUUGGCGCAUAUAUUCAACGAGAACAAGAAAGAGACCUCGGCCUUCUCCGGCAAUCGGUUCACUUUCUUCUCUUCCGAGCUGGACGACACGAUUCACGCUGCCGAGCUUGGAGGUCUGCUCAUGCCUGGCGAGCGCUUCCGUGACCUCUUCGAGACACCACCAGAUGGCGGCGUCUGGUGGAUGGAUAUGGUCAACCCUACCGAAGAGGAAGUGUUCGCCAUUUCCAAGGCGUUCGGUGUGCAUCCUCUCACGCGCGAGGAUAUCUGUAUUCAGGAGCCACGCGAGAAGGUAGAGCUGUUCCACCAGUACUACUUUGUUUCUUUCCGCUCCUUCUAUCAGGCCGAUAAGGAGUCGGAGGAUUACCUCGAGCCCGUCAACUUCUACGCUGUAGUGUUCAAGGAGGGACUUCUCACCUUCACGUUCUGCGAAAGCCCUCACACGCUCAACGUCCGCAAGCGCAUCAGUCGCCUUCGCGACUACAUCAACCUGAACGCUGACUGGAUCUGCUACGCCCUCAUUGACGACAUCGUCGAUAGCUUCGGUCCCGUCAUUCGUGGUAUCGAGGAUGAAGCCGAGGCCAUCGAGGAUCAGGUCUUCACGGCUCGCAUCGAAGACUCUCGAGCCAUUCUCCAUGCUGUUGGCGACGCUCGCAAGCGGGUCAUGCAGCUGCUGCGCCUUCUCGGCGGCAAGGCCGAUGUCAUCAAAGGCUUUGCCAAGCGCUGCAACGAGUCUUACAGCGUCGCGCCCCGUGGCGACGUGGGUCUCUACCUCAGCGAUAUCCAGGAUCACGUCGUCACCAUGAUGUCCAACUUGGCCCAUUUCGAGAAGAUGCUGAGCCGCGCGCACUCCAACUACCUCGCGCAGAUCUCCGUCGACCAGGUCAUUCAGGGCAACGCUAGCAACGACACGCUCCAGAAGGUUACUGUGAUUGCGACGAUUCUCGUCCCGCUCAACUUGAUCUGUGGUCUGUUUGGUAUGAACGUCCGCGUUCCUGGCCAGGAUGGCAGCCCGGUUUGGUUCUACAGUAUUCUCGGCGUCAUCGCAUUGUUCGUUGCGGUUUGCCUGGGCACUGCGCGGAGACUGAGGUACAUCUGA